AGCACGUCCACAGCAAUACCUGCACCGCCCGGUGGCAGCAACGUGAGAUAGUCUUCCAUCUAAGCCACCUUUUCUGUCGUCUAUAAAAAGUAAAGCAUUUUAGGAAAGCGUGUAUGUUUUCAAAGGGGAUGGCGAUGAAGCUCGUCGCCUGUUGAAUCGGCCUCUGUCACAGAACGACUUCACCAUCUGUAACUGUUACACACGUGUCAAGGCUGCACAUAACACCAGGUUGUGCUGACAAGGCUGCUGAAUGUAGGCUGUGAUGGACGACGGCGUGGAGGAAGGAUGCAACAAGACUCUCAGCAACAUCAACUGUUCCGACUCCGAUCAUCACGAACUCCAACCAGAAGCUGUUGCAGUCCCACUUGUUUUUACCCUCAUUUUUAUCAUUGGUAUCUUUGGUAACAUUCUGCUCUUAUGUUCUUUCAUAAAGCAUAAGACAUUCGGCACCCCUCACAAUGUAUUUGUCAUCAACCUUGCGAUUGGGGACCUUGUUAUUUUGUUCGUGUCACUUCCUUUCAAUGCUACUUGGUACUACCUUCUCUCGUGGCCGUAUGGUGAAGCGAUUUGUAAACUCAGUCACUUUGCUGAAACACUUGGGACAGCCGUAUCGGUGUUAACACUGACAAUUCUCAGCAUUGAAAGGUACAUCAUCAUUUCCGGUCGUCAUCGGUCCUCAAGGCGACGUUUCUCUCCCGCUGUCAUUCUGGCGUUCGUGUGGAUGACUUCACUCUACAUCUCGAUUCCUGACCUAAUUUCAGCUGUUGUGGAAUCACCCAAGUCUCAUACAGGCAAGCUGUACUACUGUCUCGCGUACACAGCAUCGUGGGGGCAAGUCUACCCAAAGAUCAUCACCGCAGUGCGGUUUGUUUUGCUGUUCGUUGUUCCACUUGCUGUAAUUUUUCCUUUCUAUGUCCUCAUAUUCUGUAGUGUCAUCUCUAAGGCAACCCUUACCCAGCCUACGUCAUCAACACCAUUAAAGGGAGAUAAUCGUCAACUGAAUGUCGAAAAAGAGGACAAAAAAUUCCGUAAGAGAAAAUCAUUUGCUAUUACUGUCUUCUGCCUCGUUUUGGUUUUCAUCCUCUGCUGGCUGCCUCGACAUACAUUCCUUAUAUGGUAUUACUUUGAUCCUGGCCUUUUCAACGAAUUUUGGCAUGGUUUCAAAAUUAUUGGAUUCUGUCUUGUUUUUGCCAAUUCUGCCCUCAACCCUCUCAUUUUCCUUCUGCUUGAUAGUCGCUAUAAACGAUUUGUAAAACGCAUUAUCACCUGUAAAGGAUCGACAUCUCGUAUUUUGAAAAACGAUCGAGCCUUGGUGGAAGAGCAACAGACAAUUGUAAUGGCUGAUAUAGGUGGCAAUGUGUCUCAGAUUGACUUCGUGUAGGCAUACAUUAUGAAAUAUUGACAGCUGCAAUCUUCCAUUAAAUAUGUGAACCAUUCUGAAAGAUAUUAUCGCAAAAGAAUCUUGUUACUCGAAAAACGAUAAAAAUAUGGCGCAAUAUGUGUGUGUGUGUG